UGGCUGUGUCAACAGUCUUUUUCUUUUAACACAGUUUUCGUUUUGUGGAAUUUUACUCUGGUUUACUCUUGGGCAAAUUACAAAGAUGAAGGAGUUACGCUGGCGUGCCAAGGAUUUUUCGGAGUUCACUUUCCAUUUGCCAUCGGAGCGAGUAGCCACAAUGCGAGCCAAUAAGCUGGCCAACGAAUUGUUGCGUCACAGUCUCCUGAGUAGAAAAUAUUUACCCAAAAGUCGGCUGCCACGCUACAAUGAGUUCAGGCAGCUGGUGCAAGCGGUGCAUGGAAACAGCAGCAAGGCCAGUGAAGUGCUUUCAUUGCGCGUCUUUCACAGCCUUAAAGAACUGUGUAGCGAACAGAUCAAGCGACAGAAUGUAAAGCAUGCCAGAUUGACGACGAUUCAGUCGCGUCUGUCACCGGAAAUACACAGAACAGCGGUGCAUGUGAGAAACAAAUACAAUGAUCUAAUCGAUAUGCAAGAUAUAUAUCGCAAGAAUCUGUUGCUCUUGAAUCGCAUCAAUGCGAUUAAGCGCAUUAAAGGCACCAUUGAUUGUUUCAAUCGCACUCCAAUAAUAGCGACCCCAAAGCGUCGAAGUCUCGAUUUGAAAGCGGAAGCUUUAAAGCGAGAGAAUAAGCUUAUAGGCUGUCGAUUGCUGACGGCUACAUCCAAAGUGGAUUCACGCAACUCCCGCUUCCAUUGGACAGAACAUGAUCGGCCGGAGAGCAAUGCAUCCGUCGAUGUGCUGGAGAAGUAUAGCUCUUAUAUGCCGCUGCCUCAGCCCAAUAAACGAUUGCAUACCGAUAAGGAAUUGUUGCGUCCCGUAAUCUAUUUCGAUUUGGCUGAGCGACAAAAACGCUUCCUUGGCCGUAUCUGCAUACAGCUGUACACCGAAGUGAGUCCGGAAGUUGUACUGGAAUUUGUGCGUCUGGCCACCGACAACGAUGUCCAGGCGCACAAAUUCACGCACAUCUUUCCAGAUCUUUGGAUGCGCGGUGAACUGCAGCCGCAAGCGCGCGAUGCACUCGAAAAUCAUCACAGCAGAUGCUCCACUUUGGAUGCACGAAAGCUAAAGGGCCUAUUAUCGUAUUCAUGGAGGCAUGUGAAGCGUUUCCCUAAAGGUGCCCUCGUCUAUACGAUCACCUUCAAGAAGCUUUCGGUGACGCCCCUGCGCCGUGUUAUCUUCGGGCGUGUGCUAAGUGGCAUGCGAAUGCUCGAGGUGUGUCGCGAGUUUGGCACCAAGGGUGGCAAGCCCAGAAAGCCCAUUGUUGUUGUCAAAUGUGGUCUGCUUUAGCUGAGGUUGGUCCCUCGAAGGCAUGCGAUAUAAAUGCACCUCUCGCGGGCAAACUGAACAAAUCUGUAGCAUACUUUUUGGGGCCAUUUCGCGCACUCGAAAUUCCCAACAAAAAUGCAAGUGUGUUUGUAUAUAUCUAUGUUUAUAUAAAAAAAAA